AUUGGUGCUGGGCCUGGCACUGAGUCUGGCCACUGCGCAGUUCAACCUGCAGAAUACCGUGCGGAGAAACUACAACCUGGCCAGGAUUUCUGGGAUCUGGCACCUCAAGUCCAUGGCCUCAGAUAACAUGACACGCAUUGAAGAAAACGGAGACCUGAGACUUUUCAUCCGGAACAUCAAGCUCUUAAAUAAUGGCAGCCUGCAGUUUGACUUCCACUUCAUGGUGCAAGGAGAAUGUGUAGCUGUGACCAUCGUCUGUGAGAAGACUAAGAAUAAUGGGGAAUUCUCCGUUGCCUAUGAGGGGGAAAACAAGGUGCUGCUCUUGGAGACUGACUACAGAAUGUAUAUCAUCUUCUACAUGCAGAACAUCAAGAAUGGGACCGAGACCCAAGUGCUGGCGCUCUAUGAGCGCUUCACACAGCUUGACAAGACUUACCAAGAAGAAUUUGAAAACAUCUGUAAACUGUAUGGGCUGGGCUCACAAAAUAUCAUCGACAUGACAAAGAAAGAUUUUUGCUUUUUAUAAACCUUAGAGGAGCCAGCCAGGCCUUCUGCUUUGCUCCUCAGAGACCUGAGAUCCAGGCAUGGUGGAGCCAGCACUGGGCAUCCUCUUUCUGAUGAUGGUCAUAUCUCCAUACUCUCAGCCUCUGUCUUCACACGGCCUUCUGUGUCUGCAUUUCCUCCUCUGCUAUUAGAUUUAAGCCACCCAUGCAUCCAAACUGAUCUUACCUCAUGUAUGAAGACUUUUGCCAAAUAAAGUUCCUCCUUUGGUU